ACGCAAAAACCCUUAUGCAUCUGUCUUGGGAAAAUGGCCAUCCACGCCGCAGGUCUAGUGGCUAUCGUGAUCUUUUACCUCCUGAUUCUGUUCGUGGGGAUCUGGGCCGCCUGGAAGAACAAGAACUCCGGUGUUGGCGUAGACCGGAGCGAGAGCAUCAUGGUCGGGGGGAGGGACAUCGGAUUGUUCGUUGGUGGAUUCACAAUGACGGCCACUUGGGUGGGUGGGGGCUACAUCAAUGGGACAGCAGAGUAUGUCUACCUGCCAAACUUUGGCCUGGCUUGGGCACAGGCACCCUUUGGUUAUGCUCUCAGCCUGGUAGUAGGUGGCCUGUUCUUUGCCAAGCCCAUGCGUUCACGUGGCUACGUCACCAUGCUGGAUCCCUUCCAGCAGCUGUAUGGGAAAAGGAUGGGCGGCUUGCUCUUCAUCCCCGCGCUCAUGGGGGAAAUCUUCUGGUCUGCCGCCAUUUUAUCUGCCCUUGGUGCCACUCUCAGUGUGAUUGUGGACAUAAACAUCAACAUGUCCGUGGUGAUCUCAGCCCUGAUAGCUAUCUUCUACACACUUGUUGGAGGACUCUAUUCUGUUGCAUACACAGAUGUGGUUCAGCUCUUCUGUAUCUUUUUGGGCUUGUGGAUCAGCGUGCCUUUUGCCAUGUCCAAUCCUGCUGUGUCGGAUAUCACUGUUUCAGCCAAGGAAGUAAUCUACCAGUCACCCUGGCUGGGGAAGAUUGACUCUGAAGACAAAUGGCUCUGGGCGGACAACUUCUGCUUGCUGAUGUUGGGGGGGAUUCCCUGGCAGGUCUAUUUUCAACGGGUUCUUUCUGCCUCUUCAGCUACCUAUGCCCAGGUCCUUUCCUUCCUCGCUGCCUUCGGCUGCUUGGUCAUGGCCGUCCCUUCUGUCCUCAUAGGAGCUAUAGGGGCCUCCACUGACUGGAACCAGACUACUUAUGGGUCCAUCGCUCCGAAGGAUAAGGACGAAUCAGACAUGAUCCUUCCCAUAGUGCUUCAGCACCUCUGCCCGCCCUACAUCUCCUUCUUUGGUCUGGGGGCGGUGUCUGCUGCAGUCAUGUCAUCAGCUGACUCAUCCAUUCUCUCAGCUAGCUCUAUGUUUGCCAGGAACAUCUAUCAGCUCGCCUUUCGACAGUCGGCCUCAGAUAAUGAGAUUGUGUGGGUGAUGCGCCUCACCAUCUUUGUAUUCGGAGCUCUUGCCACUGCUAUGGCAUUAUUAACAGGAUCAGUGUAUGGCCUGUGGUACUUGAGCUCCGACUUGGUCUAUGUCAUCAUCUUUCCCCAACUUCUCAGUGUGUUAUUCAUCAAGGGCACCAACACCUAUGGCUCUGUGGCUGCCUAUAUCUUUGGUCUUGUGCUACGCAUUGGUGGAGGAGAGCCCUACCUCAAACUUCCUCCCUUCAUCUACUACCCCGGUUGGGUGAACCAGGAGAGGAUCCACCACCUCACUGGGGAUGUAGAGCACUUUGUCCAGCAGAGGUUCCCAUUCAAGUCUGUGUCCAUGGUGGCAUCCUUCUUGGCAAAUAUGGCCUUUUCUUACCUGACAAAGUACCUAUUUGAAAGUGGUAUGUUGUCACACAAGUAUGACUUCCUGGAUGCUGUGGUGUCCAAGCAUAGCAAGGAGAUCAUGGACAAAGCCACGCUGGUGAGCAACCAUGAUAACAUCAUUCUUUCAGAAAUGGCACCUGUCAAGCAGGCCCUGGGUGAGUCACUCGCUGGGACAUUCACCAACACGGAGAUCCUCAGUGAUGAUGGAGUGUCCAGUCCAGAGGCUUUUCUCAAUGAAAACUAG